UCAAUCACGGUAUAAUAGUGGAGAAGGUUUAAAAACCCUUCCACUUUUCGUGUUGAUAAAAGAUAAUAUGAAAUUUUGAAAAUGACGCUAAAUUUGUGGACAUACAGUGAAAAUUGUGCGAGUUAAUUCGAGGUGUUCGAAUUGUGUUUGCGUUUUCUUCCGACAAUAUUCCGAGUGAAUUUCUCUUCACCUCUUUUAGAAAUGGUAUAUUUUAGGCUAGGAAAAUGGCAAACCGUGAACAAACAAUUCAUCCUGACGUUGUCUAUCGGUGUCACAGCCGGUUUUCUAGUGGCCUACGUUCUACUCUCACCGGACGUCAUGACCAUACGUCGCAUAGAUUUUCACACCAGCCAAGAGAUGUCGCACCUGGCUGGUCCCACCAUGGAUCCAGGUGAUCACAGCGCGGAGGAGGAGUUCCACCAGAUGGAAGACAGGGAGGUGGCUAACAGAAUGUACAACAAGGUUAGGAUCUUGUGUUGGGUGAUGACUGGCCCUAGCAAUCACGAGAAGAGGGCCAAGCACGUGAAGAACACCUGGGGCAAGAGGUGCAACAUCAUCCUCUUCAUGAGCUCUAAGGAAGAUGCCUCCCUACCAGCAGUUGCAUUACCUGUUGGAGAAGGUAGAGAUAAUUUGUGGGCUAAAACGAAAGAAGCAUUCAAAUACGUAUACAACAAUUAUAAAGAUAAAGCCGAUUGGUUUAUGAAAGCUGAUGAUGAUACGUAUGUCGUUUUGGAAAACUUACGGUACAUGUUGUUACCCCAUAAGUCAUCAGAGCCCAUCUACUUCGGAUGUAAAUUCAAGCCCUACGUUAAGCAAGGUUAUAUGAGUGGAGGUGCAGGUUAUGUUUUGAGUCGAGAGGCUCUGAACAGAUUUGUGGAGGUUGGUCUCACAAACACAACAGGAUGUUCCAAGAAACAUAGUGGCGCUGAAGAUGUCGAGAUGGGAAAGUGUAUGGAAGCCCUUAAUGUCGUAGCUGGUGAUUCUAGGGAUCCAAUGGGUAGAGGAAGAUUCUUUCCUUUUGUACCGGAGCACCAUCUCAUCCCAGGUCACGUCAAUAAGGACUUCUGGUAUUGGCAGUAUAUUUACUACGAAAGUAAAGAGGGUAUGAAUUGUUGUUCUGACAACGCAGUGUCUUUUCACUAUGUAAGUCCAAAUCAAAUGUACGUAUUGGAGUACCUCAUUUAUCAUUUGAGGCCCUAUGGAAUUUCUUUCCAUGUAGACAUGCCUCAGGAACUGCAGGAUUCGGUUCUUGGAACGCUGAACAAGACUUCUAUUAGUUAAAAAGUAGCGAAGACUAAAAGGCUGUGUUAGAACUAAGAAAUUGUACAUAUCUAUUCUAAGGAAAAUUUUACCCUGUGUCAAAACUAUUUAUGGAAUAGCUAUUUUACUGUAGAAUAUGACAUUUUGAGAUUAGCAGAUGGGUGAUAAGGUGAUUGAUUAUCCUGUUGAGUAAGACAAAUGGAAAGUGGUUACAAAAAAAUCCAAAUUAGUGAUAAUUCAAAAUUGUGUCCGUUACGAAAUAAUCGAUUAAGCACAAACAUUUUUAACGUCUUAUUUUAUGACUAGUUCUUAUUUUAAUUGUAUCGGAUGUUCUGGAAACAUUAGCUGUCAGGUUUUAAUCUCAUAUAACGAAAAUUAUCUUUCGUUUGUUGUAAAUCUCUAAAGGUGAGAACUAAGACGUGGUUAUGAAGUGCAUAUUCUAUCACGAGCUAUUUUUUUUUCUGAACACUAUAAAUAAUAAUGUCCUGAACACUUUGAAAAUAAAAAGGCGACAAGGAUUACAUCAAAAUUUUGUAGUUAAGUACUAGAAAGGUGGUGCUAUAUGAAUUUUAUAAAUUCAAAUAAAUCAUUGACUUAUGCACGGUUCUGGUUAUAUCUUAAAUAGCUGAUUAUAUAUAAUGCCCAAAAAUUGAGGAAUUUUACUUGGUGCAAAUAAAUUAUAUCUUGUGAAAUUCGAUGAGAAUGAAUAGGGAAAUGUACAGAUAUAAUUGAUUUCAUUAUUUUCUUUAUUCUUGCUUUCAUUUAGAAUCGUAUCAUUAUUAAAAUGAGAGUUCGUAUUACGGGGAAAUAAUGACUUUAAUUUCUUUAAUAGAAAUAGGAACGUCAUCGAUGUUCAAAAUUAUUAUUUAAGAGAUAUAUAUACACUUUGUACUUAAAAAUUAAGCCCAAUUAUCUGUAGAUUGUACUUAAGAUAUGCCAUCUGUAAUUACUAGUCUGCCAUCGCAAACUUGGUAUACUUGAAUUUGCUCAUUUUUAUUUUAUGGAUGUAUUACAGCAAUUGUAUUUUUUAGUAUUGAAAUUCAUUAUUUCUUCUAUAGAAGAAUUGAAAUUUAGUUUUAAAUUGUAAGUAUUAUUUAUUGCAAAUAUAUAUGAUCCUGGACUUA